CCACCCAGGAACAUUGGUUUCAUUUCCAUCUAGAUGCACCCUUUCAAAGAAAUGUGCAACAGAUGUAAGGGUGUAAACAGAAUCUGAAAAGUCAGAGCAACUCAGCACUGCCAGUGGAGCAACAUCCAUCCACCAAGAUGGAUAAGAUAUUCAACGUUCUCGCGCAGCACAGACUGGAGUCCUACUACAAUCAAUUCCUCACUUUGGGUGUCCAAGAUGAGAGAGAUUUCAUUGAUGGCGUAAAUGGUGAAGAUUUAGACAAAAUGAAUUUCAGUCAAGUAGAAAAGAAUCGCUUUGAAAAAAUGAAAGAUUUCAUCCAACGACUCAGAGCGCCACAACAAGCGAUGCCUGUACAGAAAUCAAUGGAGUCUUUCCAUCUGCGGUACACAUACCCCCACUGUCCUGAGCCAAAAGACAUCAGAGACAUGGAUCCUGCCCAAAACACAGUUGAAGAUCUGAUGCUAAGGAUUUGUCACCAAGAGGCCAUUGGGAAUUCCAAAGCCGUGUGCCUCUACACCAUUGAGGGAAUGCCUUUAACUGAUGAUCCUUUCUUCAACACAUGGUCUUUGAAAGACAGGCACAUUGAAAAUGGAAGUGAGCUUUACGCCAUAUUUACACCCAAGGAGAACUUGAAACAAGCUCCCCAAAUGCCACAACGAGAGAUGACUGACAUCUCAGGAGAGGAGAAUGUUCGAUGCCACAUUAUGCUCAAGGGAGACUAUGAGGUCAAGGUGGACUUGGAAAGUGACACAAUUAGAGUCUUGAGACAAAAGCUCUCUAAUGAAAGUGGAAUCCCAGCACAUGUCCUCCUUUAUAAAGGUGAACACGGUGAAACUUUGCAAGAUUGUGGAAUCAAUGAGGAGACAACUGUUCACUUCUCUUUGUCCUCCUUCCCCGAUGAAAAGCCAGACAACAUGGAAUUCUACUUGAAUGAUGUUGUACCCUCAGUGCAACAAACCCAGAAAGGACUCAGUGCUUUCUUUUCUUCACUAUAUACCAUUAGUGUUAAACAUUCUGGAGAGGGAUUCAAGAAAGUGAAUGCAUACAUUCGAAAGCUCAGUGGAUGUAAUCCCCUGGCGCAAAGUUUGCAUCAGCUGUUGGGCAGAAAUGAAAGUGGAAGUAGGACCCAGAAGAUUGCCAUUGUUGAAGGAUUGUACACUCUCUUCAGAGAGCUGUUGCCAAGCCUCAAUAAAAAAAGAGGUGACAAGAUCAUUGAAGACCCUGACGUUUUUGAGAAUGCACCAGUUUGCUGGGCCUACCUGAUGUCUAAAGCAGAGAAAGAGAGUUCACAACAUGAGGUCUUUGCACCGAUAAAUUUGACCUCUCAACAAGGAGUACGCUUUUGCGACCCAGUUCAUGUACCUGGAUUACCAGAUGUCUUUGAAAGAGAGUAUGUCAUACAGACAAUUAAAGAUGGAGAAAGAAUCCCAAACUGCUCUGCUGAGAUCUUGAGAGAAACUUCAAUGUGGAGAGCUACCGAUGUUGAAAAGAUUUUACUCAGUCUGCCUCCAUCCAUCAAAACAUUCCCUGUUUGGGUUUCAUAUGGACUUGUGACUGGUCAAAACUUUCAGAUCAAACUAGAUGAGACAUUUGCCAAGAUGACUGAAGAAGUGAAAGCAUACCCUCACCUGACAGUCACUCCACCACUGCAGUUGAAGAGUAUAGGAGUGGAUGGGCCACGUCUCGUUCUUUUGAAAGAAGAUAACCUGGGUGUUUACAUCGAAAAAGCCAAAGCAUCUCCUCAGGAUUUCGUUGUUUUUGAUUGCUUAGCUGGGAAACUCAAAACGUUGAAUGUGGACGAAUUGGCACAUGAAAUGAGAGACACCAGAAGUGACCAGACCUUCAUGACCACCAGGACUCCUAAAGAGGCAAUAUUGGUACUAGUGGAUUCAAGCUCCUCCAUGAACGAGACAUGCUAUGAUUCAGAUGACAAAAUGACACGGUUGGAUGCAGUCAAACAGCUGUUUGAUAACUUCACAACUAGAAGCAUGGCUUACGAUUUUCAUCAUGUCAUUGGCUUGGUGAAGUUUGACUCAUCAGUUAAAAAUCUCCACACAUUUACAGAGACUCUGGAGACCUUUAAAGACCACAUACACAAUCUUAAGGCAAAUGGACGCACUGUGCUGUAUGAUGCCUUGAAUCAUGGCAUUUCCGAACUGGAAAAAGUUGGAAAGCAAUUUCCAGACUGCAGACUUCGCAUCAUAUGUCUCACAGAUGGGAAUGAUGUGGGGUCAAAGACAAAACCACAUGAUGUCACAACCAAAUUGAUGCACUCUAACAUUAUUGUUGAUGCCAUCGUUGUCGGAAAGGUUGAUAACCACGUGCUCCAUGGAAUCAGCAAUGCAACAGGAGGGUGCUGUUUCAAACCAGAGACAGGUACAGCUGGUCUGAAGCUCUUUGAAAUGGAAACAGUUCUAUCUUUGGAGAUGAGGAAGCCUAAGGAAAAGAUCGACCCAUCCUCCAUUACGAGCGAGAGUGUUUUAACUACUCUCUUCGCCAAAAAUGGCUAUGAUGAGCAGCCAGAGGUCUCUCUACCAAGUGAAUUAAACAAUAAAGUCACUGUGACAGAGAUUUCAUUGAAAAAGAACAUCAAGGAAUCCAAGAGCAGUCGCUUUUUGGAGAAGGACAAACGCAUUCUGGAAGAGCUGAAGAGCCUGCAUUGUGACCCACAUCCAUUCUGCACAGUUUUGCCAUUAGAGUCAGACUUCACAUUUUGGAAGAUUCUCAUGCAAGGCCCCCCUGAUACACCUUAUGAGAAUGGAGCCUUUGAGCUGUACUGUCAGUUUGGUGCUGAGUACCCUGUCAAACCUCCACUUGUGCGCUUUGUCACACCUGUGUACCACUGCAACGUAAACAGUGUGGGCCGUAUCUGCCACAACAUAUUUGACCGCAACUACUCGGCUCACAUAACCAUGAGAGAGAUCUUGGAUGCUGUGUAUGGACUGCUCAUUGUCCCUGAACCUGAAGAUCCACUGGACAGUAUUUUGGCAGAGGAAUUCCUGACCAGCAGAGAAAAAUAUGAACAAGAGGCCAAGAAAAACACGGAGGAAACUGCAGGCAAUUCAAUGGAUGAAAUGGAACAGAAAUUGGUGGGUGAAGAGUUGAGUAAGAAGUUCACACCCUCACAUCUAGUUUGUUCACUAACCAAGAAGAUGUUCAUUGAUCCAGUGAAAAACAAGGAUGGAACAGUUUAUGAGCGAAAGGCCAUUGAGAAACAUCUACAAAUGCAAAGGACUGAUCCAAAAACAAAGAAACUUCUAAGACGAACUGACCUCAAGUCAGACAGAACCAUGCAGAGAAUGGUGAGGGAGCAUCGCAAAAAGGAAUAUCUGGAGACAAGUGUUUGAAAACACAACAUGGCAGACAAAAUGUAUGUCUUCCUGUCAUAUGCAUUUUUGAGAGAAACAUGAUGAUGGUGAGGGAAGUGUUACCCAUUGGGUUACUGAAUGGUAUGAGAUUUUCUAGAGGGCCUUCAUCUUUGCGGGGGUUGUAUCUACGCACUUCAUGGGCAACUAGCUAAGAUGUAUAUUAUGGUAAUUUCCCGUUAAACUUGGUUAUUAAUCAGUAGCAUUUUUUAAAUGUUAAAAUGAGUUGUGUAUCACAGUUGUCAUUAGACUAUUGUGAUAAUCAGAUAUCUAGGAGAUUCCCAAUAUCUUGAUAUAGUGAUGUGGGUUACUUUGAAAUAUGCUGUUAUGCAAAUUCAAUGAUGUGUGAGAUAAGUCGAUUAGUCUAUUUUGGACCACCAGGCUGCUAAUGUCAUGCAGCCUGUAGUUUUUGUGUUUAUACUUUUUCAUAACACAACAACAAGUUUGAUGUCGGACGACAAUAGAAUGUUCAUGAUGUCAUUGCGACAACUCCCAAUAGACGUAGUGUAAACCAGCCUUCAGUCUUGAAAUCUUUGGUUGUUUAGGACAUGGCCUCAUGUGAAUCCUUAAAGAGAUUUGUGGGGCUAAGGCUUAAG